CCAAACAAGAGCAAGUGGAACGAAAGGAACAAUAUACCAGACGAAUGUAUAUCGCGCUGUGUUAUGUGGAAUCAUUUGAAUAAUUGAAGCGUAAUUGUGCAUUUAUUCAUCUUGAAUUACGAACAACUUCGUAAAAAAUGACUAAGAUUGAUAUUCCAAUGAAUAAUAAAGUUGACGCCACAGCAACCUUUAUUCAAAAUGAAAAGGAUGUUGAAGUGCAGGUGAGAGCCCCGAAGAGGAUAUUGCAUUUCAGCGACGGAACACUUGAGGAGUACAGCGACAACGAGGAAGACCAAGUGGAUGCUGCCAAAAAACAUGAAGCUGCAUUGGAUGAGACCAAAAUGAAUUGGAGCGAUUGGAUGAUGCACAAGACCUGCAAGCUUGGCAGUUCGGUUCUAGCCGGCUGCGAUUACGUCGGGGAAGGAUUAGCUUCAAUGCUCGGUAUUACAACACCAAAGUAUAGCUUUGAAAUAGAGGAAUUCAAGCGAAUACAGGCUGAGCAACAGGCAGAGGAUCGUGCUAUUCAAAAUUUCGUCGAGCAGAAUCGUCCCACCAGUAGCAGUGCAGAUCCAUCGACUGAGAGCAAACCAGACAUGAUAGUCGAGUUUCAAUCGCAUGUUGGUAACAACCCUGAAGAUCAGGCUACAGCAUCUAAGCAUGUCACAGCGGGCGAUAAUGAGAUCCAAAAAUACUAAAUAAUGACGGUGAUCUUCACAAGUUAUGAAUCAUUAUGUUAUUAUAUGAUGCACAUUAUAAGUAAUAUAUAUUUAUUGGAUCGUGGAACGAAUAUUAUGGACAGUGCAAUGUGUAAUGGAAUUAGAAGGAAUGUUUUCCGAAUAUUUUGUAAAUUAUGUUUGAAUGAGAGUAGCGAAUAAAGUUUAACCAUAUAAAAGCACAAUUCGUUUGAAAGAAAGUUAAGUGCGA